AUGCUAUGCUGUCCAACAAAACGGGCAGCAACAGAAAAGGUUCGGUCAGCCUGCCCGUCUUUUUUCCUUGCCCGUAACUAUAUAAAACCAACCAUAACCGCACUGGUUUUCCACCCACUGCCACUACAACCACUAAUCUUUUUCUGUUUCAAAAUAUUCUCUCUCUUUAAAACAAUGAAGAUGAAUGUUUUUGUGGCAGUUAUGGUUGCUUUGUUGGUGAUAGCUACAAGUGGUGUUUCUGCUGCUGAUUCCCCAGCUCCUAGUCCUGCUUCUGAUGCUAGUGUUCUUUUUGUUCCAACUGCGGUUGCUUCACUCGUAGCUCUUGCAUUUGGGUUUCUCUUUUGA